GCCUGCUCUUUGGUAAUGCCGCUGACACAUGGCUCCAAAUUCGAAAAACGAAACAUGGGUUUCACCAAAAGUUUUAUUUUCUUUUGUUUGUGGGCAUGUUUGGCCAUUUUCUGUGUCAAGUAUUGGAUGAAAACAAAAACUUAUGUUUUUGACGCUAAAGAUAUAUCGGAUAUCACCAAAAAGCAUUUAAAAAGUGGUGGAAGUCCAGAAAGAAUUUUUGGAAAAGUGGCCUUCCAUCUUGACCAGGCGUAUCCUGGCCAUAUCUUGCCCGUCCAGGACCAGGAGUGGGUGUUUAUGUAUGCCGGUGGCUGGAAGGCCUCUAUGUGCCUUCUACAUGCAUCCUUGACUGAGUACAUCCUGUUUUUCGGUACUGCGGUAGAUACGUCAGGCCACUCAGGGAGGUACUGGGCAAACAUUUCUGAUACACUGAUUUCCGGCAAGUUUACUCAGUGGAAAGAAGGCUCCCUACAAACUACUGUAUAUAAACCAGGAGACCAUGUCAUCCAUGUACAAGGAGAGGUCACAGUCGUCAGCUGGGAAGCCAAUACAUGGAUGGUGGAAUAUGGAAGAGGAUUCCUGCCCUCUGCUCUUGGAUUCACUCUCUCAGACACUGUUUUCAGCUCCCAGGAUAUUGUACAUGUUGGCAAAAUUCUCUACUUGUAUGCAAAAGCUUUAUGGCAGGAAUUACUGUUGUUUGGAAAUGAACUGAAGUCAUAGGUGGCACUUUGCUACCAGUUUUCCUAUUUCAUUGUAAGUGAAUGCUCUGAAAAUUCUUAGGACCAAAAUAUUGUUUUUGCCAUUUAAUAUUCAUAGGAAACAUUGCCUCUGGUUACUACUUUUAUAGCAUAAAAGAAUGUGUGUUCUUAGGAUUGAUGCCCCCAGCCCCCAAAAA